AUGUCUCUCAACGUUGACGACCGCUCGAGAAAGGGCCGCUCUAGGUCUCGAUCCCGUGAUCGCCGCUCCAAGGAUGAAGUUCCCUCCGAACGCCCCGGCUACGGCGACCGCGAAUCGAGCUACAUCUACCCCGAAGACGACCUUGAUGAUCGCUACAAUCGCCCCGGCGACCCCAAGGCCAGCGGCGCCCUCCCUUACCCUGAGGAGGGCGGCCUCUACUCAAUGGUUCCCGGCGAACAAGGCGACUACUCUCAGCAGCCGACAUACCGAACAGCUUCCCCGCCCCACGACUCGCCGUACCGCGCUUCGCAUGAGAGGGUAGACAACAAUCCACCAGGAGCUUUCCCAGAGGACAAUCGUCGCGAAAAGGAAAAGGAGCCCUAUACACGCACUUUCAAGUUUCUCCCACAAAAGUACAGUCGCAAGAUCGCCGCAAAGAUCACUGGACAGUCCUCGGACAGCGAUAAGGAAAAGGACAAGAAGGACAACCGCAGUCGCAAAGACAAGUAUGAUGAUGACCUAGCUUAUGGCAAGCCUUCGACACCUGCGCGCCCCAAGGGCCCGUCGGACGACUUGGCUUACGGCAAAGCCACGGGAAUACCCUCAACUGCUAGCCAGGCUCAGCACAGCGGUGCUCCUCCUCCCAAGGAUCAAUACUACCCCCCGCAGCAGCCCACGUAUGCGCACGGCGAGCACGAGUAUGACCCCGACCGACGGCGUCCACAUAGCCCGGCCGUAGACGAGUAUGGGCCUCGAAGGUCAAGGGAGGACGCAUACAGGACCGAGUACAGCACAAAUGUCUUGACUGUUGAGCCCAAGGACCGUGAUCGCGACAGGUCCCGCGACCGCCGCAAGGAGAAGGAUGGUCGAAGCAGCUCGGACAGGCUCGGGGUUGACUCCAGCAGCCGAAAACGUGAAAAGUCCCGAGAUCGAUCUCGCAGAAGGGAGAAGUCGCCUCAUCACCAUAGACACAGAUCGCGAUCCAAGGACGGACACCGCAGUCGCAAGGACAAGUCUCCUGCGCCUCCGACUGAGAAGAUGUCAUCUCUCAGCGUAAACACUGCGCUGGCUGGUGGACUGGCUGCGGGUGGACUAGCAGCUGGCGCAUCACUUGCCAAUGCCCCGCCAUCGCCCAUGUUGGAGUCGUACUAUGGCACCUACCAGGCCUGCUCUCCCAUGCCCUCGCCUCUCAUGCUACCUACUGCUGAUGACAAGGCCCUUGUGCCACUAUCUCCUCUCGAUUCCGACAACGAGGGUGACAGCAGACGUCGCAACCGACGCGCUCGCUUCCAUGAUGCCGAGGACAUAACGACCCAACUCGCGCAAGCUCUCAAGAGCAGCCACCGACCUGACACGGCGCCUCUCAUCGAAAUCCUGCCCAGUUUGACGCAUGAGCAGGUCAUGGAGUUGCGCGCCGAGUACAAGCGGCUCGUCAAGACGGGGCCGGAGCGCAAGGGCGUUAACCUCGCCAAGCACAUCCGCGCUCGCCUCAAGGACGAAGACUCGCUGCUCAUGAAGGCCUGUUAUUCAGUCGCCCUGGGCAGGUGGGAGAGUGAGGCCUACUGGGCCAACUUCUGGUAUCAGGGUGACAAGACGCGCCGUGAGCUCCUCAUCGAGUCUCUCAUGGGCCGUACCAACGGCGAGAUCCGUCUCAUCAAGGAUGCCUUUACCGACAAGAAGUACGACAACAGCCUCAUCAAGUGCAUGAAGGAGGAACUCAAGGAGGACAAGUUUAAGAAGGCUGUCCUCAUGGUCCUCGAUGAACGCCGGAUGGAGGAGUAUGAUCACUACGGACGCCUGCAGCCCAUCGACUAUGGCCUGGUUGAUCAGGACGUUGCCGACCUGCGUCGUGCUAUUAGAUCCGAGAAGGGUGGCGAGACGGCCAUGAUCACCAUCAUUGUCCAGCGCAGUGACUCUCACCUGCGUGCCAUCCUCCAGGAGUAUGAGAGGCAGUUCCGCGCCAACUUUGCCCGCGAUGCCCUCAAGAAGAGUGGAAACCUAGUGGGCGAACUCCUCGCACACAUUCUCAACGGUGUCAUCAACCGACCCGUCCGAGACGCUCUCCUGCUGCACCACGCCAUCAGUGCGUCUCGCAAGGACGGUCUCCGUCGAGAACUGCUCAUCUCUCGUCUUGUCCGAUAUCACUGGGACCCUGACCACAUGCGUGCCGUCAAGCAGGCCUACCGCGAGCGUUACAACAGAGGCCUGGGAGAUGCUGUGCGAGAGGCCACGAGUGGCGAAUGGGGCAUGUUUUGUGAGGAGUUGUGCAUAGCGCGAACGCCCCCUGAUGUGAGGAGGUUUGACAAGAUCAGCUACAGUACGAGGUGAGCGUGAUGCUUGUUGAGUUGGGUACAUAUCGAGUCAGGAGGUAUAUGUGGGAUUGAACAGCAUGUAUUUUGGUCACGUCAUGAAGUUGCAUGUUGCAAUAGCGCAGCCACAGCCUAUUUUGUUUUGUCAUUGUCAUGAAGCGUCUGGAUAGGUACCAUCAGUUCCAUAGAUAUCUCUAAUCCAUCUCCUUUCUGGCU